GUUUUAAAAGAACACAAAAAGCUCACUUUACCGCUCACAAUUUCAAAUUUUAUCCCACUUUCUUUUAUUUUACCCCAUUUCUCAUCCGGGAAACGUUAUUACGUUAAUCUCUGAAAUGGAACAUCAAUUUCUAAAACUAGUAGUCCUACAGGGCCCAAAAAAAGGUGAAACCUUCGAAUUCCCUUCAAAAUCCACAGUCAAAAUCGGCCGAGUAGUGCGAGGCAACAAUCUUCCGAUUAAGGACGACGGCAUCUCGUCAAAACACCUAGUAAUCGGACCCGAAUCACCAUCUUCGUGUAAAUGGAUAGUCCAAGACUUGGAUUCUUCCAAUGGAACCUCUCUUAAUUCCUUACUUCUCCCUCCCUUUACACCCUUCGUUCUCCACGACGGUGACACUCUGAAACUCGGCGCGGAGACUUCGAUACUCGUUCGGUUUCAAGAAUCUGAGGAGCCGUCUCAGCUGAGACGCUAUCCGAAGAGAAAAGUCAAAGAAUCGGUGAUUAAAGCAACUGAUGAGGAGACAAAGAAUAAUGUUAGAAGAGGGAGGCCGCCAAAAGCUAGGGUUUUGGAUGCUAAAGAAUUGGAGAAUGUGGAGAAACUGAAUGUUGGGGUUACACGAAAUAGAAAGAAUGAGGAUAAAACAGAAUCAGAACCAAUUGUGGUUAUUAAAAUUGAAGAGGAGGGGAGGGAAUUGGAGAGAGAGAAUGCUAUUAUGGAGAAACAACAGAGAAGAGGUAGGCCUAGAAAAGCUAGGGUUUUGGAGGAUAAAGAAUCGGAGAAUGUGGACCCCAAGGGGGAGGAAUUGGAAGGGAAGAAGGUGAAUUCUAGGGUUACAAGAAAAAUAAAAAAGAAGGAUUGUGUAGUUUCUGGGAAUCUGGAUGGUAAAAUGACGCGUAGGGGCAGGGGAAGGAGAAAAAAUGGACAAAAAUUAUCGCUGGAGAAUUUGGAUUUAGGGUUGAAUUCAAGAGAAGAUGUGAAAGAACAGAUUAUUGAAGCCGAUAUUAGCAGGUUGGAUUCAAGAGAAGAGGUGAACAAACAGGUUAAUGAAGUCAACAUUAAUGGAGAUGAGGAGGAGAAGAAAGAGGGUUCGGAUGAAGAAAUAGAGUGUGAAAAUGUUGAAUUUGGUAUUGUUGAAGAAAGUGUGCAUUUAGGGUUGGAUUCGAGAGAUGAGGAGAAAGAACUGCCUAAUGAAGUUGAUAUUUGCAGAGAUGAGGAAAUAAAAUGUGAUAAUGGGAGUAUAUUUGAACAGAGUGAUGGUAAGGUACACGUUAAUGAGUGUGAAAAGCUGGGGGAAGAGACAGAGACGGUAAGAAUGGAUUUGGAGAGGAUGACUUUAGGGCAGUGGUUUGAUUAUAUGGAGUAUUCACAUAAGCAGACAAGUCAGGCUAUUGAGGAGAUUAUUGAAGGAAUGAGAAUGAAAGCAGUGCAAGUUAAAAAGCAUAUAAUUGAGCAGAAGAAAGCCAAGGCUGUAGCUAUUGGUUAGAGAAGCAAUGACUUUGAUUCACUAAGGUGUUUUGAGCUUCAUAAACUGUUCAUAGUAGGGUGACAUAAAGAUGAAAUAGUUGUAGAAAUGAGAGAUGCUGCUAAAAGAUAAAGUAGAGUCAACCUGGAAUUUUCCACUAUGUUAAUAUUUGACUCUUUAUGUGCACAUCCUGGAAAUAUUUGCUGGUUAGAGCUGCAGCAGCCGCAGGAUAUAUUGUGUUGUUCAGCUCUGCAUUUUUUAAUGGGGCAGUGUAUGCCCUACGUCUAUGCUUUUGAAGUAUGGAAAUGUUGUCAAAAUUCUGAUUACUUUGUGAAUUGGAGAUUGUUGUGUCUAAAUAUUUUUCUUCUA